UUAGUUAGUUUAUUUGUUUUGAUGAUUUUGAAUAGCGAAUAAAUACUAAGGCGUGCGAGAGUCGAGUGCUAUCGAUCGUAGUAAGUGCGCUGUUUGCGCGGAGACAACUUCCCACUAGUAAUAUUUACGGGGAAAUCAGAAUAGGUGACUUGUUUUAUCGGAGUACAGUAAACACUCCAUGUUCCAACCUUCACUGUCGGAAGCAAUUCUGUGGCUGAGCUGAAAGAAACGAUUUGCAUGUAGAGGGCACCUGGAGCAGCGGUAUGCAGCUGAAAAUGGCUAAUCGAGGCGACUCUCCAUCUGACAACAGCGAUGAGGAGCAGAGUAGUUUCAAGCUGAUAGUUCGUAAUCUGUCUGAUUCCAUAUUCACCGACGACGACGUCAGGGAAAGCCUCGAACGACUGUUCCUGAGCUUUAGCGUCCACGCCACUUUCCACUACAUGAAAACAUUCCGGCGCCUGCGAGUGGCCUACUUGAACGAGUCGCAGGCAGAAGCCGCUAGAUCAGCGCUCCAUGGCACCAUGUUCGAGGAACAAAAAUUGUCAGUUUUUAGAGCAAGAGAAAGUCUUACCGAGCUCUUCUCCAGAGGCCGGUUUCUCAAGCCUCCCAAACCGGAACGGAUGGAACUGAUCUCGCCGCCUCCGUCACCGCCUGUUGGCUGGGUUCAAUCUGUGGAAGCACCGCCAGUUGUGGACUUUCAGCUGCAGGCUGCUGUGGCAGGCCUAGCAGAGUCUGGAUCAGUGGUUGAACUAUACAGUGGCGAAGGCUCAUUGCCGACGAUACAAGUUACGUCAUGUGACUAAGCAUGUAGCCCGCGCGGUCAUCAUACUGGAACCUGCUCUCGUGUUGUUUUCCGUGUGCCGCCUCACUGGCCGUUACCCGGUUGACCUGAGGCUGAUGGCUGUCUUCACCGAGUCACUGUGGCUUGACAGCAGAGCCAGACACCUAGCGCAAGGUGGGAACAUUGGAGAACUUGUGUGUCACCCAUCGGCUCAGCUAGCCAGUGCUCGUAAUGUUUCCGUGAGAAAUGCCGUUGAAUCGUGGACUUGAAUAUUGGCGCCUUGGUCACUGAGAUCGGCACAAAACGGUUGAACAUGAUGUAAGUGUUGACUUGAUACUCUGAUGAAAUAUAUUGUUACUGGACUGACUCCGGCAAUGUAUAAUAUAACAUGGCCUUGCUGCAGAGUAAGGGUUUGAUAUUUUAAAUAAUUGAUUGACUGCUAUUUGGUGUAGGUGUUCUUGCUUCUGGUUUGGUUGCCGCUUCCCGGCAACCACUGAUUGUGAACAUAUCUCAAUGCUUUCUUUUUAAAACACUGCUCGCUUGCUGCGGCGGUGAUAUGUUUCUGCUGAGUAUUGUACAUGUGCCUUGAGCUGUUUUAAAAUUAAGCGUGAGUCACAGACUCUCUUCAGCUUAUCAAGCUCUGUCUUUCUGCAUCUAGCUACGAUGCAGGCACUCUGCUGCCGUAAAAGUCCGUAAAUAAGUGCGUACCCGAAAAAUGUAA